CCCAGCAGGGCAGCCGGCAGAGCAGGGCCCCAUAGCAUUGGAGAGGCACAGCAAACCUGUGCACCUAAGGAUGGAGAACAAGGAGACAGGGACACCUCUGCCCUUGCCACCCACGGAAGCGCGCCUGCAGCCCACACUAGUCCUGACUACCCUGAGUGCAGCCUUUGGCUCAGUCUUCCAGUAUGGCUACAACAUCGCCGUGAUCAACACACCUCACAAGGUCCUGAAGUCAUUUUACAAUGACACGCACUUUGAGCGACACGGAACGUUCAUGGAUGAGAAUACCCUGCUGCUCCUGUGGUCUUGCACGGUCUCCAUGUUCCCUCUGGGAGGGUUGCUGGGGUCCUUGGUGGUUGGCCUGAUGGUCAAUAAGUGGGGCAGAAAGGGAACACUGUUGAUCAACAAUGCCUUCGCUAUAACCUCUGCCGUCCUGAUGGGAGUCAGCAAAGUGGCCCGGGCUUUUGAGCUGAUCAUCUUGUCUCGAGUGCUGGUGGGAAUCUGCGCAGGCAUCGCCUACAGUACUCUUCCCAUGUACCUGGGAGAACUGGCUCCCCAGAACCUUAGGGGUACAUUAGGGACAAUGACGGAGGUUUUCGUCAUCAUCGGAGUCCUCUUGGCUCAGAUCUUCAGCCUGCAGGCCAUCCUGGGCAAUGCCACAGGGUGGCCAAUCCUCUUGGCUCUCACAGGGGUCCCUGCAGUGAUUCAGCUCCUCUCUCUGCCCUUCUUCCCGGAGAGCCCCCGCUACACUCUUAUUGAGAAAGGAGACGAGGAGACGGCAAGGCAAGCUCUAAGGAGGCUGCGAGGUCGCAACUACAAUGUGGAGGCCGAGAUGGAAGAAAUGCGCACAGAGGAGCGCACCGAGCAAGCCGAGGGUCGCCUGUCCGUGCUCAACCUCUUCACCUUUCGGCCCCUGCGCUGGCAGCUGAUCUCUAUCGUCGUGCUCAUGGCUGGCCAGCAGCUGUCCGGGAUCAACGCGGUCAACUACUACGCAGACGUCAUCUACACCUCAGCUGGUGUGGACCCCACCCAGUCCCAGUACGUGACCCUGGGCUCUGGUGUCAUCAACUUGGUGAUGACUCUCGUCUCGGCCAUUAUCAUAGAGCGUCUGGGGCGGCGGAUUCUCCUGCUGUCUGGCUAUGCCAUCUGCUGCUCUGCCUGCCUGGUACUGACCGUGGCACUCCUCCUCCAGAGCACCAUCCCUGAGCUGUCUUACCUAAGCAUCAUCUGUGUCUUCUCCUACAUCGUGGGACAUUCCAUAGGACCCAGUCCUGUCCCCUCGGUGGUGAGGACCGAGAUUGUCCUGCAGUCCUCUCGGACAGCCGCCUUCACUGUGGACGGGGCUGUGCACUGGCUCACCAACUUCAUCGUGGGCUUGACAUUUCCAUCCAUCCAGGUGGCCAUCGGAGCCUACAGCUUUCUCGUCUUUGCUGGCGUCUGUAUCCUCACCGCUGCUUAUAUCUACGUGGUAAUCCCUGAGACCAAGGGCAGGACAUUCGUAGAGAUAAACUGUGCUUUUGCCAAGAGAAAUGGAGUGGAGUUUCCAGAAGAGAAAGAAGUAACCACGGCCAAGCCUCACACACCUUCCCUGCCUACCAAGGAAACAUCCUUUUGACGGCUCCGAGGACCCAUCAUGCAUAGUCCCUUUUCUGAGAAAGGCUCUCGGGGACCAGGCCUUCAGGGAGGGUAACAGCUCUGAGAUGUUAGUGCUCCCAUAGCAACCGGAAGACUUUGGAAAACACAGCCCCUCCGUUUACUUGGCAGGAUGUUGGCUUCAAGGCUAAACAUGAGAGGGAAGGCGUAGGUUGAAGAGGACCUACAGGAAUACUGACUGAUAGGGGCUGAUUCUCUGAUUCUAUAUUAAUUCCAAAACUUACAUGAGGUAUUGGGUGCAUUUUUUUAAGCUAAAGCUUUAUAAGUUCAGGGUAUUAGCUUCAUGUUACUAUAACAAAAUAAUUAGGGCAAUUAACUGAUUUUUUUUUUUUAAAGAUAGGCUGUGCAGUAGUGGCACACGCCUUUCAUCCCAGCACUCAAGAGGCAGAGGCAGGUGGACCUCUUGAGUUCGAGGCCAGCCUGGUCUACUGAGUGAGUUUCAGGACAGCCAGGGCUAUACAAACUCUGUCUCGAAAAUAAACAAACAAACAAACAAAUAAAAAUAAAAGAUUAUUUGGGUUCCGGU